UAUAUAAAUCGAUUAGAUUGAAAAAGUUAAGCAAAACCCUAAAUUUGCUCUGUAUCAUCAAACAUGAGCAUGACGCUUAAUCUUCAGCGACACGCAAAGCGAAUCCUCGCUUACAGUAACAGGCCUCGACUCUUCUGCUCCUACAGAAACGGAACCCUAUCGUCUCCGGGGACGAACCAAACUCUGCUGAGUCGAAUCGAAUCGGCUGCUGAUCAAAAAGCAGCAAUCACUACGGUGCUUGAGGAAUGGAGACAACAGCAAAAACAUGGGAAUCAUCAAUUAAACCCUUCGUUGGUGAAAGGUAUAGUCGAGAAGCUCCACGAUUCCAAGAGAUAUCGUCAAGCCCUAGAGGUAUCAAACUGGAUGAUUGAAAAAAAGAUCUGCAAUCACCUUCCGGAAGAUCUCGCAGUUCGAUUUCAUCUGAUUGAGAACGUUUUGGGAUUAGAAGAAGCAGAGAAGUUCUUCCAAAGCAUCCCGGAGAAUCUGAAAGGUGAAUCUAUCUACACUUCUCUGUUAAAGAGUUACGCAAAAUCGGGAGAAAUAUCUUUACGUAAAGCCGAAUAUACUUUCGAGAAGAUGAGGAAGCUAGGUAUGCUCUUGAGACCAUCACCUUACAACUCCAUGGUCUCACUCUACAGCUCUCUCAGAAACAGAAAUAAGGUCGAUGAGAUUCUUCGAGAGAUGAAGGAGAACAACCUUGAGCUCGAUAGUCCCACCGUGAACAACGCUUUACGAGUAUACGCUGCUGUUUGUGAUGUUGCGACAAUGGACAAGUUUCUAGCUGAUUGGAAUGCAAUUACAACGCUUGAGUGGCUCACAACACUUGAAAUGGCAAAGGCUUAUCUGAGAGAUGGUUCUAAGGGAAAAGCGAGAGAGAUGCUUCGUAGAACAGAGGAAUUGAAUGAUCCAAAGUCUUAUGAGAGACUCAUAAGGCUAUAUGGUGAAGCAGGGGAGAGAGAAGAUGUGUACCGUAUAUGGGACUUGUACAAGAACACAAAAGAGAAGGACAAUGAAGGAUUUCGAGCUUUGAUUGGUUCUCUCUUGAAGCUUGAUGAUAUCAACGGAGCAGAGAAGAUAUACUACGAUGAGUGGGAGUCCUCUGGUCUUGAGUUCGAUCUCCGAAUCCCGACUAUGUUGAUGUCUGGUUAUCGCGCAAAGGGAAUGGUGAAGAAGGCAGAUAAACUAUUGUACAAGACUAUGAAGAAUAAAAGAUUGGUUAUAUCGAUUAAUCCGUUUGUUGAGGAAUUGGUGAAAAAUAGAAACCAAGUGAAGCCGUCGGACUUGAGAGACCUCAUCAAGAAUCUGCGUGACUCAAAUCAAUUAUCUAAAGCACUUGAGGCAUCAACAUGGAUGUGUGAAAAGAGAGGUUUUAAUCUUUUUCCAGAAGAUUAUGCAAUUAGGUUUCAUCUGAUUGAGAAAGUGUUGGGAUUGGAGGAAGCAGAGAAGUUUUUCGAAAGCAGCAUCCCGAAGAACAUGAAGGAUUACUCUGUCUACGAUACACUCUUAACCUCGUACACAAGAUCUGACAAAACUCUAGUCAAAGCGGAAGGCGUUUUCGAGAAGAUGAGAGAGCUAGGUUUCCUCUCAAAACUUUCCCCAUUCAACUCGAUAAUAUCUCUCUACAUUCAGCUUGGAAAACAAGGUAAGGUCAAAAAUCUUCUACGGACGAUGAAGGAGAACAACAUAGAGCAUGAUAGUGUCACGGUGAACAACGUUUUGAGGAUGUAUGCAAACGAAACAGACAUAGAGACAAUGGAAAAUUACAAGAGCGAGUGGGUUAACGCUGAUGGUGAAAAAACCAAGCUAGAAAUGAGGACGAUGGAUGCGAUGGCAAAGGCUUACGAAAGAUCCGGGCUACUACUAAAGGCGAUACAAGUAACUGGGAGUGAAAAAGAAGUGCACCGUCUAUGGAACGAGUACAAGAAGAAGGCUAAGUCAGAGAUAGAGAGAGAUGUGUUAAGACUAUGGGUAAAGAGAGACGAGAUAAAGAAUGAAGAAUAUCGAAGUGUGAUAAGGUCUUUGUUGAAGCUUGACGAUGUACAAGGAGCAGAGGCGAUAUAUGGAGAGUGGAAACCACAAGGUCCCGAGUUUGAUAAGGGAAUACCAUGCUUGCUAAUGUCUCGAUAUUACGAGGAAGAUAAUGAAGUUAAGGCAAGACAAGUAGAGUAUUCGAGUAGACAGAAGCAGAGGCGGAUGCAGUUUAAGCUAUUCAAGGAAGAUUUGAUCGGUUGUGCGGCAGGGAUUGUCGGGUCUAUGCUCGUGGCUUCGGUUCCUCCGAUGAUAGUAACGCUUUGUCUAAAGUACCCCCCAGAAGCCACUAUAAUAUGUUUGAUCUGUCUGAUUCCAUUCGUUGUGGAAUAAUAUUCUUGUGUUUCUUUGGGUUUAGAAUUCUAUACCCAACUAAAACCAUAUAUUUUUUUUCGAUUUGAAACUUUUUUUU